AUGUCCGACCUCGACUGCCCCGCGUGCGGCGCGCACGGCGCGCUCGAGUACGUCGCCGAGAUCGGCACCCUCGCGUGCACCCGCUGCGGCACCGUCUCGACCUCGUCGGCGUCGCACUCGUUCGAGCUCUUGCAGCGGGUCGACGCCGAGGACGCGUUCCAGAACGGCAGGACGUACGUUGGCAGCGGCGGUGGGACAUUUGGCGGGGCGAUGGGCACCCAAAGGGUCGGGCAGAGGGUCGGCACGUGGACGAGGGUAGCCGAGGGAGGGACGGCCAUCUACCAGGCGCAGCGCAAGACCGAGACCGAGCAGUACAUGCGGCGGCUCUUGACGCGCUACGACCUCGCCUCGUCACUGCGGGACCGCGUGCGGUACCUGUUCGAGCGGGCGCGAGAGCGGCUCGGCUUCCGUUGGGGUCGCAAAGCCGAGCUGUUCUGCGCCGCAUGUGUCUACGUCGCGGCGAGGGAGGCGGGCAAGACCUUGUGGCUGCUCGAGUUGGCGUCGCUCAUCGAGAUCGAGGACCCGAUCAUCCUCUCGCGCGCCGUCAAGGUCGUCAAGUUCGAGCUCAAGGUCAAGUACGACGACCACGACCCAGCCCUCUUCCUCGAGCGCGUUCUCGUCCACCUCCAGUCGGCCUUUGCCCUCACGAGCUCGUCGGCAUCAUCGAGCAACUCGAUGCCGCUCCCCGUCUUGCACCGCUCGGUCGGCUCGCGCAAGGCGACAUUUUCGGCCGCCAACGCCGCCUGGGUCCGCUCGGUGCAGCUGCCGGCCGUGCGCGAGCUCGCGACGGGCCUCCUCGCCCUCACGUCGGACCUGUCGCUCACUGCCGGUCGCCACGGCGAGGGUGUCGCAGCGGCCGUCGUCAUCGCCGCCAUCGAGGGCGUCGCUCGCCAGCCGGCCCCGAUCGUGCAAGAGUUCGCCGACGAGUUCGCGUGGAUGCUCGGCACGAGCGACUACUCGGUCCUCGAGCGGUAUCGCGACAUCAACCGGCUCCUGCAGGACUUUGCCGCCAAGUUGCCCUGGGCCGACGCGCUCGGUCUCGCCGUGCCCGCCGACCCGCUGUACGGCGUCAAGCGCAAGCGGUCGAAAACGGCUCGCUCGAGGAAGUCGGUCAAGCUCGACGUCGUCGCGCACACGGCCGACAUUGUCGCCCUGCGCAAGACGCUCAUGGCCGCCGAGCCGGUCGCACCGCUCUUCCUUCCCGGCGAGGAGGACGCCAAGCGCGUCGACCCGCCCGACCUCGAGUACGACGAGUACGACGACGACCUGUCGUACAUGCACGACCCGCUGUUCGACUCGGCCGCCGCAGACCGGUACUACGGCGCGAUCGGGUACGACGAGCCCGGCGCCGAGGACCCGGCGCGCCUCUCGAGCCCGGGCGUUUCCGCCGCUCGACAAACCUCGUCGCCGCCUCCUGUCAAGCCCUUCGUCGCGGCUUUCUCUCCUGUCGCAGCGCCCGACACGAACCGCCGGGCCGCCAAAGCGAGCCGUCCGGCGCUGUACUCGCGCGAGCGCGACGUCAAGCCGCUGCCCUCGGCCCUCAUGUUGGCCGUCGCCGGCUCGACUCGAGCCGGACGAUCGCUGUCGCAAACGCCUCGUACCUCGCCCGACCCGAACGCCCUCGCUGUCCACGCCGCCGCCGCCAACGACGCCCAGGUCCGCCAGCUCCUCCUCGCCGGCCUCGACCUCGCCCAGGUCGUUCGCGGCGCCUCGCCCUCCGCAUCAUCGAGCGGCACCGCCGCCGGCCCCUCGUCGCGUCUCGAGCGCCUCCUGUGGACCAAGCCCGUCGCCGACAUCACCGACGACGAGCUGUUCGCCGAGGGCGAGCUCGAGGCGUACGUCCGUCCUCGCGACGAGGUGCAACGCCAUCUCCAGCUUCCGGCGACGCAAGCCAUGCUCGUCGCAGACGAGGCGAUCGUGCUCAAGCGCGAGGAGCGAGGCGAGGACGGCUCGGCGUCGCAGCCGCCGAAAAAGCCGCCCCGGCCCAAGUACGCCUUCUCGGCGCCGCGCGACGCCCAGGGCAACUUCCUCGAGGCGGCGCCGCUGCCCGGGGCGGACGCGGCGCAGGGUGGGACGCGGCGAGGGGUCAAGCGCGGCGCGAGCGACGGCGACGACGACGGGUUCGAGCCGCGCAAGCGGCGGACCAAGAUCAUGAACCGGGCCGCGCUCGAGGCGUACCUCGCGAGGGGCACGGGCAGCGACAACGACGACGACGACGACGCGGCGGCAGGCACGGCUGAAGAGCGCGAGGUGGACGACGAGGGAGGAGGAGGCUCGAGCGGCUGGCAGGUCGAGAUGGCACUGCAGGCGGCGCAGGACGAGGGCGAGGACAUCGUGCGCGACGCCGACGCCGACGACGACGUGCCCGAGGGAGGGGGCGACGACGACUGGCGCAAGGAGUACGGCGGGUACCGCGCAGUCGAGGACGACGACGACGAUGGGCCGGGCGAGGCGUACUGAGCUCUCCUUCCUCAAUCUUUGCCCUCUCUCUCUCUUGCGGUCGUGCAGUCAAUUGUUCACGCUUU